AGUCGGGGUUGGCUCGGCCCCGCCGCACAUGCGCAUACAGCUCGUCGGCAGGUCCCGAGCUCGACGCAGGCAAUGGCGGAGCUUGGUGAGGCGGAUGAAGCGGAGUUGCAGCGCCUGGUGGCGGCCGAACAGCAGAAGGCGCAGUUCACUGCACAGGUGCAUCACUUCAUGGAGUUAUGUUGGGAUAAAUGUGUGGAGAAGCCAGGGAAUCGCCUAGACUCUCGCACUGAAAAUUGUCUCUCUAGCUGUGUGGACCGCUUCAUUGACACUACUCUUGCUAUCACCAGUCGGUUUGCCCAGAUUGUACAGAAAGGAGGGCAGUAGGCCAUCCCGUGGGAGAAUGACUGAAGAAGCAAAGGACUUAUUAUUAAGCAGGUUGAAGGGCCAGCAGGGGAAGGUUGUCAACCCAUUGUCAGGUUAACUUCAGGCUAUUACCAAGCCUGUUGGUGCUAAAAAGUAAGAGAUCAAAUGUUCAAAAAGUGAAAUUUAUUUAUUGGGAAUUCAGAAAUUCCAUCUUGUAUCACAAUAAUUAUUCAAUAAAUGUGAAUUCUCCAA